CCGGCGUAGCGCGCGCGCGCUCUCCGGCAUCAGCGGCGUUGGCUUGUCGCAGCCCGUAACAGCAACAAUAUAACACGACUUCAAUAGAAGCAAUUCGUUACAGAAAACGUUCACAACGAUUCUGAGAAUUCAUCAUGGGGCUCGGCUAAGGUAAACAAGGAAGGCUAGGUGGAACACCGUUCUAUAUCUACUGUCUAGUUUUAUUAUUUUCUUUAUUUGUAAACGGGUGAUGUCGCAGAUCGAACAAGAACGACCAUCUCGAUCUCGGGAAAAGGCAUCUCCUUCUGUAGCCCCGGCUACAACAUCAUCAUCAUUAGCAUUGACAUCACCACCAAAUUUGGCAUCAUCACUGUCACCCCCAACAUCGUCAGCAUCAUCACCAUCGUCAUUAGUGACGGCAAUAGCAGCAGCAGUAUCGUCAGCUGCAGCUGAGCCAUCUCCUUACACAGCGUCAUCAUCAUCAUUGGCAUCACCACGAAUUUUAGCAAUAUAUCCAUCACCACCAACAUCAGCAGCAGCAGCAGCAUCAUCAUUGGAGACAGCAGGGGCAUUAGCAUUCACAGCCUCAGCAGCUGAGCGCAGACAUGAAGAGGCGAGUGUAGCGGAGCCUCUGAGGAGGUCUCGCCGCACCGCCCGUGCCGGCAUGCCGAAGCGCUGUGCCUCUCUCUCCUCGUCGUCUGAGACGACGGCGACGGCGGUGCCACAGGGCGUCCCCGUCCCUGAGAGACGCGCUUGCGGAACGCGGCGCUCGCUCGACUCGACGUUGUGCAGGCCAGCCGCCUGGCCCUCCGCAGACCGGCCCUUCGCCAGACGCGAGGACGCUGUGUCGUCGCUGUCACCGCCGGCGUUGCUGCCUCGGACGUGCCCGAAAGUGGGUCACGCUGCCCGGGGAGGGGCAAAGCCAGCGAGUCACGACGCACGCCGGGCUACGGGCCACGAUUUUGUCGGCGACGGAGGAGCGGAAUCGGCCGCCGACGGUAAUAGAGGGCGAACGAACGUUGAUGACAAUCGAGAGGUCGCGGACACUGGGGAGCAGGGAUGUGCAGAAAUUACGGGUGGGGACUGCAGCGAUGUCAGAAACAACAACAGCAGCGGGGGCAGCAAUGGUAAGGUGAACAAUACCUGUGAACGACAAGCAGAUGAGGUGCAGGAGGAGGAGGAGGAGAGCGGGGGCGUUUGUGCGGUGCAGUCGCCCGAGCUGCACGGGGAUGCGUGCGAGUCUGAUCGCGAGCCCGGGGUGCCCAGCCCGGUGUUCGUCCGCCGGCAGCAGCUGCAGGAGCAGCAGCAGCAGCAGCAAUCGCAGUCGUCCGCUCGAAGGCGUUCCUCUAGCGUCGAGGCGGCCCUGGCGGAUGCCGCGGCGGCCACGGCGAAGCGCGAGAAGGAGGAAGAGGAGGCGGAGAUGAAGGCCAUCGACACGUCGACUGACGGCCGCUUCCUCAAGUUUGACAUCGAGCUGGGUCGUGGCUCCUUUAAGACGGUGUACAAGGGGCUGGACACGGAGACCUGGGUCGAGGUGGCCUGGUGUGAGCUGCAGGACAGGAAACUGAGCAAGCCUGAGAAACAGCGCUUCAGAGAAGAGGCAGACAUGCUGAAGGGCCUCCAACACCCGAGCAUCGUGCGCUUCUACGACUCAUGGGAAAGCACCCUGAAGGGCAAGCACAGCAUCGUGCUCGUCACGGAGCUCAUGACGUCCGGCACACUGAAAACGUACCUGAAGCGUUUCAAGGUGAUGAAGACGAAAGUUCUGCAGAGUUGGUGUCGUCAGAUCCUAAAGGGCUUACACUUCCUGCACACGAGGACACCGCCCAUUAUUCACAGGGACCUCAAGUGUGACAACAUCUUUAUCACGGGUCCCACGGGCUCGGUAAAGAUUGGAGACCUGGGGCUGGCCACACUAAAACGGGCAUCGUUUGCCAAAAGCGUGAUAGGAACACCCGAGUUCAUGGCUCCAGAAAUGUACGAGGAACAUUAUGACGAGGCCGUGGACGUGUACGCCUUUGGAAUGUGCAUGCUGGAAAUGGCUACGUCAGAAUACCCUUACUCUGAGUGCCAAAACCCGGCGCAGAUUUACCGUAAGGUCACUACGGGCGUGAAACCAGCAAGCUUCAACAAAGUUGCGAUGCCAGAAUUAAAGGAGAUAAUUGAAGGUUGCAUCAGGACAAACAAAGAUGAAAGGUACUCCAUUAAGGACCUGCUCAACCACGGGUUCUUUGCCGAGGACACUGGAGUCCGGGUGGAGCUGGCGGAGGAGGACGACGGUGAGAAGCCCGUCAUUGGCCUGCGUCUCAGGGUUGAGGACCCGAAGAAGCUGAAAGGGAAGUACAAAGAAAACGAAGCCAUCGAGUUCAGCUUUGAGCUCGACAAAGAUGCUGCUGAAGAGAUAGCACAGGAAAUGGUGAAGUCUGGCAUAGUUCACGAGAGUGACAUCAAGGUCGUAGCCAAAGUGAUCAGAGAUCGCGUGGCGUUGAUUAAAAACAAGCGUGAGCAGAACAAACAGGUCAUGGAGGAACAGGACAAAGGUGGUGGGAUGGCAGAGGAAGAUGCCAUGCGGUCUGGCCUCCACACUCAGACCAUGGCAGGUCCCCCAGUUGGCGAGCUACUGCUGCCCAUGUCCCAGCUACCCAUGGAGCAGUGCUUGCUUGGCGAGCCGACAGAAGCGCCAGUCCAUGCGGACAUUGGGCUGCUACUGGACUCGCAGAGUGCACACCUCAACAUGCCCCUGCCUCCGCUUCAGGAGCUGUACAGUCAACCUCUGCAAGACCAGCCACUGCCCCCCCAUCAGCAACACUGCCCCACCGGCAACACCACACAGUCGGUACCAAUGCAGCAGCUUCAGAUGUCUGGCUACGCGUCAGUGCUGGCACCUUGUGCCCCGUUGACCGCAUCGGUGCAGCAGGCGACCCAAGUGCCGUCGGACGGCGUGCAGAUGUUGCAGCAGUGCACACCCGGCACUCUGCAGCAGACGUGUCCGGUGGGACUAUUGGAACUCGCGCAGUGUUCGGGGGUGCAGGCUCAAUUUGCUGUCGUGCAGCAGCAGCCAGUCGACGCUGCCCUGCAGCAGCCUGCGCAGCAGCAGAAUGUCAUGGCCGAUGGCCUGCCUCCGCCGGUGAACCUACAGCAUCCGGGUCCAGCUCAGUCGCAGUUGGAAACUGCUCAGCCACCAAUGCAACAAGGUGGAGUGCCACCGUGCACUCAGGGGGUGGUGCCGACCGCACUGCACCAGAGCUUGGUGGCACAGCCUCAGCCAGACGUGCAUGCCACUUCUUACCAGCCACAAGUUCAAGCACAGCAGCAUUUUACUGGGGGCUUACAGCAGCAACAGCCGAACGUGAUGGCAUUUGCACAGCCCCAGGCGCAUCAGCCGCUGCAGGAACUUUCUGGACAUUUUUCAGAGCUUGGUUUAGAGAUGGCAGCACAAAUGCACAUCCAGCCGCAGGCACAGUCGUACGCAGAGCAGGUUUUGGCACCACCUGUCGAAACGCAAGAUUUGGUGAAGCCCCAGAUCUCAAUAGAUGCCUUUCAAACGGCUGUGGAGCAGGGGUCGGUGGAGGUUGUGCACACACAGAUGGCACCGCAGCAGCAACACUACAGCAUCGGUGUCGUUCAGCCAUCGCCACUGCUGCUUCAGAGGCCAAGCCUUGCAGAAGCUGCCCUGCAGAUGCAACUGGAGACCUUGCAGCAGACUCAGCAGCAUCAGCAACAGCAGCAUGCGGGAAUCAUCGAGACUGGGCAGCAGCAUCCACCAGCACAGCAGCAGCAACAACAACAACCGCAGCAGCAACAACCGCAGCAGCAGCUAUACCUGCAGCAGCAGCAGCAGCAGCAGCUUCAACAGCCAUUGCAGCAGAUGUAUCAGCCACAGCAACAUGAGUUACAACAAACGCACCAGCCUCAGCAGCAGCUAAUACAGCAACAGCAGCCACCACAGCAGCUUCAGCAACCACAGCAGCAGCUGCAGCAGCCUCAGCAGCAGGAGCUGCAACAAACACACCAGCCUCAGCAGCAGCAGCAGCAGCUAAUACAGCAACAGCAGCCACAGCAGCAGCUGCAGCAGCAACAGCACCAGGAGCUGCAACAAACACACCAGCCUCAGCAGCAGCAGCAGCUAAUACAGCAACAGCAGCCACAGCAGCAGCUGCAGCAGCCUCAGCAGCAGGAGCUGCAACAAACACACCAGCCUCAGCAGCAGCAGCAGCUAAUACAGCAACAGCAGCAGCCACAGCAGCAACAAGAGCUACAACAAGCACAGCAGCAACAGCUGCAGCAGCAGCUAAUACAGCAACAGCAGCAGCCACAGCAGCAACAGGAGCUACAACAAGCACAGCAGCAACAGCUGCAGCAGCAGCUAAUACAGCAACAGCAGCAGCCACAGCAGCAGCAGCUUGAGCAACCACUGCACCAGGAGCUGCAACAAACACACCAGCCUCAGCAGCAGCUAAUACAGCAACAGCAGCAGCCACAGCAGCAACAGGAACUACAACAAGCACAGCAGCAACAGCUGCAGCAGCAGCAGCUAGUACAGCAACAGCAGCAGCCACAGCAGCCAUAUCAGCAGGAGAUACAGCAAGCACACCAGCAACAGCUGCAGCAGCAGCUAAUACAGCAACAGCAGCAGCCACAGCAACAGGAGCUACAACAAGCACAGCAGCCACAACACCAGCUGCAGCAGCAGCAGCUAAUACAGCAACAGCAGCAGCAACAGGAGCUACAACAAGCACAGCAGCCUCAACACCAGCAGCAGCAACUAAUACAGCAGCAGCAACAACUUCAACAGCAGCAGCAACUUCAGCAACAGCAGCCACAGCAUCAGCAACUUCAGCAGCCACAGUUGCAACAGCUUCAACAAGCACAGCAACAGCAGCUACAACAGCAACAUCAGCAGCUUCAACAAGCACAGCAACAGCAGCUACAACAGCAACAACAACAGCCACAGCAACAGCAGCAACUUCAACAGCCACAUCCGCAGCAACAACAGCAACUGCAACAACAACAGCCACAUCAAGAACCACAGCAGCAGCUGCAGCAGCAACCACAACAGCAAGUACAACAGCAGCCAUCCCAGCCACAGUCGCUACAGCAGCCGCAACAACUACUUCUGCAGCAGCAACAGCCACUCCAACAGCACCCGCAGCAGCAGCCACAGCAGACGCAGCAACAACAGCAAACACCACAGUCACAACAGCUGCAGCAACAGCCAAUGCAGCAGGAGCUACAGCACCUGGUACAGCAGCAAGUGCAAGAGCUACAGCAGUAUACACAGCAGCCAACGCAGCAACUAAAUCAGCAGAUGCAGCAGCAACCACAUCAACUUCAGCAACAGCCCUUGCAGCCAACACAGCAGCAGCAACAGCAGUUACAGCCACAGUUGCAACAGCAGCCACCACAACAUUCACAACAGCCACAGCAGCAGCAACUGCCUGAGCCACAGCCUCUACAACAGCAGCAGCAACUGCAGCCUGUACAGCAGAUGCAGCAAUUGCCACAGCAUUUAACACAACAGCUGCAUCCGCUCCAACAGCAGGCACACCUUAAUAUCCAGACGCCGCCACAACAGCUGCACCACCAGCCGUUGGAACAGUCACAGUCAUUACAGCUGCCUCAGCAAGCACAACAACAGCUGCAGCAGCAGCCAAUGCAACAGCCACAACAACAUCAGCAGCAGCUGCAACAACCACCAAUGCAGCAAGCCUCACAGCAACAUAUUCCUGAACUUCCACAGCAACAGCUUCAGCAGUUGUUACAGCAGCCACAGAUGCAACAGGCUCCAUCGCAGCAGCAGCUAAUACAACAGCCACCACAGCAGCUGCAACAGCCACAGCAGCAGCUGCAACAGCAGCCACCACAACAGCUGCAACAGCCACAGCAGCAGCUGCAACAACCCCCACAGCAGCAGCUACAACAACCACCACAGCAGCAGCUGCAACAGCCCCCACAGCAGCAGCUGCAACAGCCCCCACAGCAGCAGCUGCAACAGCCACCACAGCAACUGCAACAGCAGCAGCAACAGCCACCACAGCAACUAACACAGCAGCUACAACAGCAGCCACAGCUGCAAGAACAGCCUCCGCAACAACAGCAAUUAAUGCAACAGCCACAACAACCUCAACAGCAGCUGCAACAAUUGGUAAUACAGCAGGCCCAGCAGCUACACAUUCCUGAACAUUUACAGCAGCAACAGCAGUUGAUACAACAGCCACAACAACCUCAACAGCAGCUGCAACAGCAGCCACAGCAGCAGCUGCAACAGCAGCUACAGCAGCAGCAGCUGCAACAGCAGCCACAGCAGCAGCUGCAACAGCAGCUACAACAGCCACCACAGCAACUAACACAGCAACUAACACAGCAGCCACCACAGCAACUGCAACAGCAGCUACAACAGCUGCCACAGCAGCAGCUACAACAGCAGCCACAGCAGCAGCUGCAAGAACAGCCUCCGCAACAACAGCAAUUAAGUCAACAGCCACAACAACCUCAACAGCAGCUGCAACAAUUGGUAAUACAGCAGGCCCAGCAGCUACAGAUUCCUGAACAUUUACAGCAGCAACAGCAGUUGAUACAACAGCCACAACAACAGCAGUUACUGCAACAGAAUCAGCAGCCACAGCAGCCACAGCUGCAACAUCAAUCACUACAGCAGCCACAGCUGCUUCAACAGCUUCAACACCAGGCGCAACAGCUGCAGCCUCCGCUACAGCAACAGUCUCCGCACCCGCAGCCGCCGUGCAUUCCAUCAGAGCAGGCGGGAAGUCUUGAUCUUGGAAACCUGCAACAGCACCCAGCACACGCCUUCGUUCAUCAGCAAGGGCUUGGCUUUCUUCCUAUAGACCAUCACUUGCAGAGACGCGGAAGCACAUCAGUCCUCGAGGCACCAGCGCAGCAUUUUCGCCCCAUCCGCCGGGCUGUUAGCCGCGCCCUGUCGCGGGGAGCUAGGCACUGCUACUCGCAGGCUGUCGCGCUGUCGCUGGCUACCAUGCAGCGCCUCGCCGCUCAGCGAUCAUCCAGCGAGCCACCACCCUACGCGCACGACCGGCACGGUGCGCGGGGCAGGCAGAAUCCCUUGGGCCAUCCUCCCGACUGCGGCUGUUACGCCUUCGCCGCUCAUGGCCAGCCGGACGAGCCCUUCCCUCACCCGACCCCGGUGCGGUGCGGAGCCGCUCCGGGGCAUCGUUACCCGCCUCCGUCCAUAUACGCCCACCCGCCAUCGGACAGGUUGUCUGGAAGCCCUCCAAGUGCUCCGUUGCGGCAGCAGUUUUCCGGCACCGCCGGCUCGUCCGACGGCGGUGCCACUCAGCUUCUGCCGCCGUCGUUGCAGAGCUUUCCGUACCCGCUCGUAUACCACGUCCUUCCUCCGGCGCAAAAGCUCGUCAUGCAGCCUGUCCCGGGUGUCCACGGCAUGGCCUACGGAGUUCCCCCUGCUUCCCCCUUCCUCCUGGUCAGCACGCAGCAAGCCAUGCAUGUGUGCCGCGUCCCUUACUGCCCGUCUCCACAAGCCGGCGCCUGCUAUUGCCAUCCCACGAGCGCCACCCUCGACUCCCUGAAUUUGGCCACCGGACAAUGCUCGGUCGCCCCGCCCAUCAAGUCGGUCCCCCACUCGGCCCCCGCUGCCCCGUGUUCCGAGCGGCAUGGACCCCCCAUUGCGGUGCAGCCGGCGGUCGAGGUGAGAUACCAACCCUCUCGGGUGGAGCACUGGGAGGCUGCCGGGAGAGCGGCGCGCCAGCCGCCCCAGCCCGAGCCGCCGGGCAAUGCCGCGUCGUCGGCUGCCCCGGCCAGCGGCGGAGCACUCGACGGCGCCACGACCAAGGACGGUUUGCUAGCGGUAGGUGGCGCGGACGGUUCGCAAGCGGUAGGUGGCGCGCAGCUUUCGACUCCCUUCACAUCCCCCCUGUACCUGCUGAGCUGCGACGGCUCUGUGGGCAGCUUCUCGGUGUUCACCUUCCCUAGCCCCACGGACGACUCCGACGAUGAGACGGAAGACGUGUACUCGGAGGUGGAGGAGUUUGAGCUGGUCGAGAGGCCACAAGUGGUGGUGACCGAUCACGGGCUGACCACCUCCCCCCACCUGCCGGGUGGUGGGUCAGACCCCAGAACUUGCGACGUUGGGGACAGGACACAGGAGGGCGACUACAGGAGGUGUCCUAUGCCCGAGUACCCCGCAGAGCCCUCCUACGUCCCGAUGCAUGGUUACCAGCUUCAACCGAACCCGCUUGUGCAGUCAUACCCUCCGUACUUCCCGUGCGCCACCUUCAAUGACCCCUGGUCUGCUUCCAAAAGUUUGCACCGGUGCUCCACGCUGGACAAUUUCUCCCAGGCUUACCAGGCUCAGGUCGGCAUGCCUGGGCCGUCUUACGUGCAGCAGACAAUGCUGCUCGGUCAUCCCAGCGGUUUCCCUCACCUCCACCCACCUGUUGCUGCUCCUGACAACUUUUACGGUUUUCCCACUUUUUUCCUUCCGGUAUCCAAGUCUCCAGGUCUUUUGCAGACAUGCUGUCUGCCCCAGCCAUAUGCACAACCUUUCCAAUCAGAUCAGCCUCCCCUGCAGCAAGCACCUUGUCAGCAUGGUCAACAGUAUGGAAAUUGUUACUACAUGGCUCACCCUCAACAGCAGGUGCCAGUGCAGUCUCUCCAGCAGCAGCAGCAACAGCAGCAGCAACAGCCACCGCCGCCUUGUCAGCAGGGAGCAUUUAAUGGACUCCAGCAAGCGGCGCAGUCGGCGGUGCAGGCAGCAGCGGCCUACAUGCAGCAGCAAGAUGUGCAGCCUGAUCACACGUCACAGAUCUACGUGUGCACUCAGCCACAAGAGGCGAGCGCUGCCCAGCUGAGCGCCAGCGAUGCCUCCAUGACCCCCGCUCGACUCGCGACGUCGAGCGGCGUCGCUACCGCCGCGGGGCAGGACACUCCGGUGCAGUGCGCCGUUGGACUCGCCGACCCGGCUCUUCGGCCGCACUGCCCCUCAUCGCACCCUCCUCCUCCGCUGCCGCUGCCGCCACCGGCCACCGACACCGGCCAACUUCAUUGGAUGCCGUCGGUUCCUCGAACUGCGCAGACUAUGCAAGCGCCACUCGCAGAUCAACUGAUGGUCUCUAUUGACACGCAGACGCAGACCGUGAUUUCACCUUCGCUGCCAACGGCUCUCGAAGUCUGCCCUGAGAUUCAGUCAAAAGCGACUGCUGGCAUCGAUCCUGCAUCCGCCGUUGGCACGGGAGGUGUGGCGCCUCCUGAGACGAUGCAGUUUCGUGACACAACUCUGGACGUCCCCGUGCAGAGCGCGACGGACGUGGCGCCCUCAUACCCCAUGCCGAGUGGUCAGGAGCACGACCCCACACGGAGCCUUCCCGCCCAGCCUCAACGACAGGUACAAGAAGAGGUGUCCAACUCUGGUGUCGAUAACCCAAGUGAAAUGAAUGAAGCACAGAUCGCCCAAGGAUUAACCAUGAACGAGAGCAUGACCUCCGACGCCACGUCAGCCAAAGAGCUGAGCGAGAACGAGGCGACGGGCGGAAGCAGCAGAGCGGACGGCAGACACUCGAGGAAAAUUCGCAGGUCCAAUCGCAAGUCCCGGCAGGAAAAGUCUGUCAAGCCACGCGUCACCAUUCUCAAUGUUUCAGAAGAGGGAGAUAAGGUCGUUGAAUGCCAAAUGGAAACGCACAACCACAAGACGGUCACCUUUCAAUUUGAGCCAGAUUAUGACGACCCAGAGGAGAUUGCGGAUUACAUGGUGGUGAACAACUUCAUACUGGAUUCGGAAAAGGAGAUUUUCACGGAGCAAAUUAAAGAUAUUGUGGAGAAGGUUGACGAGAUGAACAUCUGGGCGGUGAACGACGGAGACUGCACGGAGAGUCUCGAUGGCACCAAUGCCGAUGGGGAAAAAGAGCCCACCAAACAUCAGUGCAAGCAUUCGUCAAUGAAGACUCCGGGUUCACUUACCUGUGGAGAAGCCACAAGACGCUCCACAGUCGUUCGCACGGGAGGCCGCAAGUUCAUCGUGAGCCCAGUGCUUGAGAGUCAGCUGGAAGACAUCGGCAUUGAGACCGACUCGACAACAGAUGUAUUUCCCACAGAGCCCUGGGUACCUGAAGCUACAAAUGAAAACAGAAGCGAUGUCAGAGCGGGGCUGUCCAACUCGGACUCGGUCGUCAGCUUGAAACGGAUGUUCGACGAGAUGAGGAAGGGCUGCCAGCUGUCCGAGAGCCCCAGCACGGCACCGCCGACUUUCCAAGCCGGCCCCCCGCCCUUCCUCCUUCGCUCCAGCCCCUCCGUAGAAAAUGACGCAGCACCGCACGAGCUUUUCAUAAGCGUUCCCAGCGCCGUCUGCCGAGAGUCGAUCGCGGACGGCGUGGCAGAAAUGCCGUCGCCCGAAGUAUGUGCCGCUCUGGCAGAGGGGGGUGGCGGCGGCGGCGGCGGUGUCGCGUCGGUUGCGUGCGGCGCUCCGGACCCGUCCCUCCCUGUAGCUCCUCCGCCGGCAGAGCAGCAGCACGCACGGCAGCACUCGAGCGCCCACGUGCAGGUUCCCAUGUCCCUGGCCAUUACUGUUUUGGAAGCCCCUUUCGCUGCACUGAAUGCGACGCCCCUCUUAGCCGUGAGCUCCUCUGGCUUCGAGCCAUCCCCGUCGCUUGAGCACCAGCCGUGCGCGUUGAUGUUGGCCGUAACCCCGGGCAGCGCCACGUUGCCGUGCGCACCCGUGCAGCCGCCCCAGUCCGGGCUGCCGGUAGCGGCCGACUCCCCCAUGGUCUCCCCAGGGAGCAUCUCGUACUCGGCUGUCGCGGGCGACGCGCAGACGCACGUCGCUCAAGUGAACUCCCAGACCGUGGAGUCGCAGCAAAUCAAUAGCGAAGUGUCCACAUCCACAUCUGAGCCGGACACCCCCAAGGUGCCCACCCAGGCUGGUAAUAUUAAGGACUUGGAUGAGAAGCUGAGGACCCUGUUUCAGGACUCGUGCAGUUCUAGCUCGUCCGUGUCGUCUGCGACGUACGGCGAUGGCCAGAAAGAUCUCGCGGCCAGCGUCUCGGAAACUUGCGGCGCUGAUCAAGGCGGCGCAGAAUCGCCGAGCAAAACCACGGGCCUCCCCCUCCCCGCCGCCGCCACUUCUGCCGCCGCCGCUAAUGCCGCCGCCGCUAAUGCCGCCGCCGUUACGCCAGCCGGCACGCCAUCCUGCCAGCAGAACGCGACCCCGUUCCCGCAUGCCGCACUCGGAAGUGUUGCCUUCCCUCCCGCCCUAGCGUCGGCAGAGGAGUCUCUUCUGCCUGCGCUUCCCGACCAAGCUUGCAACCGGCCCCCAACCCCACCGGCCUCGUCCCUUCCCAGUGGUGACCCUGCUGGAUUGCCUUUCCUUCCUGCCUGCCGUCCCCGAGCUCAUUCCCUUUCUCCGUACGCACCUGCUGUUGGUGUUGAAUGUGGAGGUAUUGGUCUGGAAUUUUCACAACGAUUCAGUAUUUCAGAUAAUGAAAUGGCGGCGGUACAAGGGCGAGAUUCCCAAGCGAGUGCGGGCGUGCAGUUGCGCCCGUCUGAAGCUCGCUUCGACGAGCGCCUCCAACCCGUCGUCAAACUUGGGCGGUUUCAGGUGAUCCCAGUGGCAGUGGAAACACCGCAGGAAGUGCAAACCGGCACCAAGGCGACUGCGGACCCUGGAUCGCCGACAGUCGUUCCUUCCGUUGAAGAGAUGGAAACGGGGCAAGUGCUGCGUAGACGCAGCGUGGACGAGCACACCGCCGCCGCUGACGGGAGCGGGAAGCUCGCUGCCGUUAGCGCGCAGAUGGACGCGACCGCUGCCAAGGCCCCCGAUUCCCACUCGGCAAACUCGGACCAGCGAGCAAAUCGUCGCGCAGGCUUCGAGAAUUCGGCGCCUUCUCCCGUGCCCACGAACUCGACGGCGUGCCACGCCGAGGAGCAGGAUGACGGCAUCGCCGCGGUGCUAGCGGCGACGACGGCCAGCCAGACGCCCUCGAAGAAGGGGGUGGUUUCAUUCCAGCCGAUGGUCUCCGUCAUUCCGGAGCAGAGUGUACCCGGAGACAAGGAUGACAAUGAUGAGAUGUACGCAAGCCUCGAGCCUCGCUCUGCAAGGAUGGUGGAGCACCCUUACCAUGAAGCCAAGGAAUCGUCCGACGAACAGCGGUCGCCCUAUUUAAGCAGCGACUUGGACUCGGAUCCCGAUGAGGGAGACCUAAAGAAGGAGCUGCAGAAACUUCGAGAGAGGCACAUGAAGGAGCUGUCGGAGCUCCAGACGCAGCAGAGGAGGGAAAUGGAGGAGCUUUACGAGCACCUCGGGCGACUCCCGCCCACCCCCGCGGGACUGCCGCAGCUGGUGCCACCUUCCGGCCGGCGGUGGCGCAACGGCAAGGGCGCGCGGACGGCCAGGGCCGGAAAAUUGCCACCAGGAGGAGGCGGCGGAGGAGGAGGAGUAGGCAGAGGCGAGCAGGCGCAAGCCACCGCGCCGUCGCCUGCCAGUGGUGCGACCGGGCCCUCCUCUGCGUGCGGCACGGCGGGCACUUGGCUGGUGGACGCCGUCACCAGCCCGCUGGCGGCGGCACGGCCGGAGCUGAGCACGUGCCCCGCGGGAGUGCAGACCAAGCAGCCCAAGGCGCUGAGGCCCGCAGCGGCCGCUGCUGCCCCCGAGCAGGAGUGCGUGCAGAACGCCGUGCUCGGUGACGCAUCGUUUUCGGGUCACGGUGGCAGCAGCCAAGGUUGGACACUUUUCCGCAAACCCUCCGAGAAAGUCGCCAAUAAAUCUAGUAGCAAACCUCGUACCAGAUUCAUCAGUGGAUCCAUGUCCUGGUCUAUCUGGAACUCCCUAAGACGGUUUUGUCUAGGGAAAGAUCGCAGUAGGUCAAGGAGCUUCAGCGCCAACCAGCACGGCGGGCAAGCACAGGCUGCGGCGGCAGCGGCAGCGGCAGCAGCAGCAGCAGCCCCGGGAAACAAGAAGGGCACCUUCACCGAUGACCUGCACAAGCUCGUUGACGACUGGGCUAAGGACGCCACCAGCAGCACCAACAGCAGCAUCAAGACAAAGCACGCGCUGAGCCGGCAGGAUACGGCGGGCGGGCGGCCAAAGCCUUGCCAGUCAGAGACUUCUCCCGUCGUGGUGAUGCCUCCGGUCAUGCGCAAACUCUCGGCGCCGGCACAGCUGGGCCUGCAGGUUGGGGUGGUGGCGUCCGCUUCUCCGCACUCCCCUCCCUUGGCCACCGCGGCUUGUGGCCUUGGCGGCGGCGGCAGCUGCCCCGGGUCGCGGCCACCCGCGACCCCCUACUCGUCGGCUACGCCCAUGGCCCCACUUCUCUGCGUGCAGUACGGUGCGCCGCCGGGCACCUACGGCGGAGCGGUGGGCAUGGGCUGGGCCUCGUGUGCACUGCCGGGCGGCCAGCAAGCGUCGGCUGCGCCCUCGCAGGGGGUGGCGCAGUACCAGCCGAUGGGGAACGGAGGGGUUCAGUCGUUCCCCGUGUACGUGGCUGCCCCCAAUUCAAGCCCAAACAUGCGGACUACAUGAACGAGCAAGAAAGAGGAGAGCUAUUCCCCCGCGGCUAUUCCCCCCGGGUUGAAGUUUAUUUAUUACGUGAAGUUUUUUUUAUUAUUACGUUAUCACGAGUAGCGGGACCGGUGUAUUUAUUUACGCCGCAAUUUGUGCGUUCCUAAUGCGAGCUUGUGGCAGCGUUGUUGUGUGUUGUGCGAGCGCGCCUUAGUUGCCCUGUGCAAGAAAAUGGCUGAACAAAAAAAAGAGCAAUAUGUUAGACGAACUAACGGUAGAGAGUUGCGCCCGAUCGAUCGUUGGUGUUUUUUGUUUUGUUCUAACCGCACGUGUCCAAAUCAAAACACUUUCACAUUGUUAGAGGAUGCAUGAGACAGCAUUGUAAACAUCUAUAUUUUUUUCUUUUGAAGGGCCCCUUGUCACUGUUUAUUUUACAUAAUUAUCCUUUUAAUUUCUCAAAACAAAAGCAACAUGAUUUCAGCGUUGCAAGCAUCCAGAUGCAUAAUUGCGAUAAAAUGUAAAUUACGUGUUAAAAAAAAUAAACAAAGGACAAACGUUGAAAUGCUUCCUAGGUCAACCCAAAACCCCGUAAUUUUGGAAGAGAGUGCCUUGUGUUUUGCUCUGAAGCCAUUGGGAACGAUAGGUGGCAGGUGUAAAUGGUGUAGGUAAGAAGCCAAGACCUCAGACUGUGAAAAUGCUCAAUGUUACCGUUUGCUCGGAAAAAAAAAUACGAAAGAACAAAGAGGUAAAAACAAAGCCUAUUGUGUGGCCAAUCACUUUGAAACAAUCCUACAACCUUGAUUUUGGGCAUUAUUUUGGCACUAUGAAGAUUGCGCUCAGACUAAAUAUAAACACAAAGUCCUUGCAAUGUGGUGCCUUGCGGAUGCAUGACUGAAAGCUGUACAUUGCAUAUGUGUAAGAAGAAGAACAAAAAAGGGUGUACGUGCGGAAACAUUGUGCGUCGUCUCCCCAUUGGGAAAAAAUGCGCACGCGUUUUGGUGGUGGCAUUGUUGUUCGCUGUAAGACAAACAGCUUUGAGUGUAGGGGCAAGGCAUUAUUUUUUUACUGCAACCUCACUGAAAGACGAGCGAUAAAUAAUUGAAAAAUUUAUCACACAUGAUUCCCAUUUUGAUGGCAGCAACUUAAAUUUUAAGAAUUUUUCAGCCCCGCGUACGAAUUGGCGAACGUUAUCCGAUGUCGAAAUUGUAAGUGAGUUUUAGUGGGUCGGCGGGGGGGUUUCCCUCCUCCCACCCCGUCGCGGUUGACUAAAAUGCCUACUCGUGUGUGUUGUGAUUUGUCUUUUAGCCACAGUGUCAUAUGGGCUUAAAGUAAAGUUGCACUGUUAAGGUGAAAUAUGUAAAAAUAAAAUACCACCGAAAACUAAAAUAAGAUACUUGAAGAAAAAAACACAUUUGUUUACCCCCGCUCACAAAAUGUAACCGAUGUAGCUACCUUUGCUGUACUGUACGUCACAACUUUAUAUCAGUGUUACGAAGAAACUGUGAAUAGUGGUUCUCUUCCCUUGAAACAUUUGCACAUUUUCUUUCCCCUUGCAGGAAAUGGUAGAACCAUUGACCUACAAUCCUGCAAAUUGAUUGUUUUACUCUUUAACGUUUCUUUAGGCCUCCUAUUUAUAUAUAUGCUUACAUUGCAACCUUAUUUUUUCCCACUAGUUGAAAUGUCAUCUUUAACGUAGAGCAGAGCUGACACUGAUAUGACCACUUCUUAAUGCGGAGACCACUUAAUGCACAAACUUUAGGUCGUCACUGUUCUCUUGGUCCUAUGGAACUCAUCUCUGAAACUUUGCACUGACUAAAAAUGUUUGCAUUCUUAAAACCCCUUAGAAUUACUGUCCAAAAAUUUGUAUCUCCAGAAUAACAAUACGUUUUCAAAGUUAUUAUUCUAUCAUGUUGUGUCUGUAAACACAUCAUAUGCAAUUCCUCCACAAAAGCCUAAGAAUAAUAUUGAUGGAAGCUGUGUUUUGCAAAUAAUUAUAAUUCAGUCCAUGAACGCCACUGUAUGCAAUAUUUAACUUUAAAUAUUUACUUAAAGGGGGAGUGGUGCUGUGGCUGUGGUUAAUGCACUGCACUACAAGCCUCAGUCACCAGAGUUUGAUUUCUGGGCAUGGCUAACACCAGUGGCGAAUGGUAAAAUAGCCAGUUCUUGGACCAGGUUCCCCAACCUGCAAAUAGCAGCGUGGUGAAUGGUCAAAACAACUCCGAUGACCGACACAGCAUGGGAAUGAUCUUCAUCCAGCCGUGUAUUUGAGAUGAGGUUGUAAAUGAUUAAUCUCUUCUGAAAACACUCUUUUACAACAACAUAAAAUUACCUAUUCAACUCAAGUGUUUAAAAAUGGCCAUGAAAUAUUGGCUUGUGCAUCAUAGUCGAGUUAUUAGGACGACAAGAACAUCGGUAGGGUCAUGCGAGAAGACAUUUGCUUUCACCGUGGUGGAUGUGAAAUGAUAGGUUAACGGAGAUGUGUUUUAGCUGUACGUUCCCCCUGUAGAGAUGUGAACCACUUGUAUGUAUGUUGAACUGCUUUGCCAUCCUACGUAGCCGCUCGUGCUCAUAGGAGGUGCGGGGGAAGGAUGACAAGCUAAACUGCGUCGAACUUUUUGAGUAGAAGGCGUGGGGCUUGUAUGCCUGUAUGUAUAUGUUUAACAACAUGCCGAUAAUAAUAGCAGCUUCUUGUAUAGUCUUGGCAAGAACAAGCAAAUCAAGUCGGUCUUCUAGAUUUGGAGUAGUUAAUUUAUGUACGUAUGAAAGACGAAAAAUCCUGGCUUUUGUGCCAUUGUAAAGGGACCGGCAAUCUAACUUAAAGGCAUAAGCUUGCACUAGCAAUGUGUGAAAUUGUCAAGUUUACGUCCUUUGGCUUCUGCAUGCCUGUAUAAGCUGUGGCCAUUUUAUUAGACAAUUUUCUACACCAUCCAAGCUGUAUUUACCAGCAAUACCUGUACGUCACACCCUGUAUGCAAGUGGUGUUUCCCCCCAAUUUUUGUGUAAAACGGAAUUCUGUCUUAGACCACCUAAAUGCACAUUUUGCAAAUCAAAGUUUUUGUGUUCCAUUUAAGGCAUAUAUUCUAAUAUGCUUGUGUAGCUAAAUUUUGACUUAAAACUUUCGUGACUGCAAGAAUUAAUAUUCUUUGGUUCUUUGGGUAAACUCACGUAGAUACGUAGAUACGUGACUUUACCGAAAGAACCAAAGAAUACUUGCGUAGCUACUAAAGUGCUUUUAUUGUUUACAUGUUUCUCUGUUACCAACAUUGCUGGUACCUUUAAUACAACGUCUGUUGCUUUCUCUCACCACCUUCGGUUGACCAAUGACAAAGUUUGAAAUUCUGUACUUUAGCUUUGUCCCGAUGUGGAAUACUCCCCCCACCCCCCCCCCCAUUUGAACCUUUGUGGUUUUCAGAAAUUGUCAUUCGAUAACAAUUGUCGAAAUAAAUGACCGAGUUGCACCUGU